GAGAAAAGCAUUCACCUUCUACUCCUUCUUUUAGCGUACACUUUCUCCCGAUUUUCUUCUUCUUCUUCUUCUUCUCAUCCCCUUUAAAUAUUUUUUGUUUUUUGUUUUUUUUUCAACUGAGGGGUUUCUUUUUUAAAACACCCUGAGGUUCUUAAUUUCUCUAAUUUUCCUUUUGGGUUCUCUUUAGUUUUAUUUAAGAAGAACCUGGUGGUGGGUUUCUAAAUUUCUUUCCGUAGGUGUUACUGUUAAAGAAGCUUUUACACACACACACACACACACACACACACACACCAUUAAUUGCUUGAUUCCGAAGGAAAAUGGCUACGGCCGUAAAUAUGUGCAACUCCAGGGGCCUUUUCUCUUCGGAGGAUCUUAUACAAGCCCUCGAGCCCUUUACGAAUCCAAUUGAAUCCGAGACCAUCUCCUUCUCCUUCGCCUUCGCUGCGCCCUCUCCGAACCCUAGUCACAACCCUAGCAUGCGGUUCCCCUCCGGUUCGCUCGGCCACGACCAACCGGGCCGGAUCGGGCUCAAUCACCUGAGCCCGGCCCAAAUCCGCCAGAUCCAGGCCCAGUUCCAGCUCCAGCAGCUGCGCCAACGCGGCCCGCUCGGCCCAAACGCUUUUCCGAUGAAGCGAUUCGGCGGCGGCGGCGGCGGUGGGGCGACGAAGCUGUACCGCGGGGUGCGGCAGCGGCACUGGGGGAAGUGGGUGGCGGAGAUCCGCCUCCCGCGGAACCGGACGCGGCUGUGGCUCGGCACGUUCGACGCCGCGGAGGAGGCCGCGCUCGCCUACGACGCCGCCGCGUUCCGGCUCCGUGGCGACGCAGCGCGGCUCAACUUCCCCGAGCUCCGCCGCGGCGGCGCCCACCUCGGCCCCCCGCUCCACCCCGCCGUCGACGCGAAGCUCCGGGCCAUCUGCGAAACCCUAGCCGCACCGAAGGCGAAGAAGAAGGGCGACGCCGCCGCCGACGACGCGUCGGGGCCUGCGAAGGGGUCGGAGGAGGAGAGCUCGUCCUCGACGGAUGGGGACGAUGCGUCGACGGGGUCCUCCUCCUCCUCCUCCUCCUCUUCUUUGGUGGUGCCGGAGAUGAAGGAUUUGGAUUUCACGGAGGCGCCAUGGGACGAGUCCGCGAACUUCGUGUUGACGAAGUAUCCCUCGUUGGAGAUCGAUUGGGACGCGAUCCUUUCCUAAACAAAACCAAAUUUUUCUUAAAAAAAAUCCUUUUUUAAAAAAAAAAAAUUGGGUGGAAGUGGGUACUGCAAAUGCAAAUGGGGUUUUAGACAUUAGACAUUUGCAUGGUGGCCCUGGUACGUUGUGGUGGUAGUGUUUUGUUUUGAGUCCGUUUCUGUUGUUGCUGAUGCUUCUGUUGUUGUAGCUGUGCUCUAGUAGUAGUUCUCCCGGUUUGCUGCCCCUUCUUUUUUCAGAGGCAUUACCAGGGAGUGUAGUUCAUGUAUUUUGAGUUUUAGUGGUACUGUUGUUAUGUACAUGUUUUGUGAAUACUGGAAAAUUUGUAAAAUAUAUUAUUGUUAU